AAAGGCACUAAAACGCAACGCUUUGAAAUUGAGGCUCAACAUCAUCUUCAUCGACCCCCCAUUCCCUCCGAGCGACGAACUGAACAGACACCGGGUCGGGUUAUCGGGUGCACAAUUUCUCGGGUCCUCGUCCUCACACAUCUAAACCUAACCCACCCCACACCAUCGUUCUCUUAACAUUUUGGGUUCUGGAAUUACAAUCUGAACCGCCCAAGUCCAGGUUUCUCACCCGAAUUCAACACAAGGCGUCGUAAUCUGAAACAGGUGGAAGUUAGUGCUUUUUGAUUGUCAAUGUUGGUGGUUUUUGGGAAUUGUAUGAGUUUUGGAUUCAGUUGAAUAGUUGAGGAUCCUAGUUUAAGGAUCCACUGCAUGAUAGACUAGUUAUAUCGAAAAUGUCUCUGUGUUCGAAUGAGCAGUCAACCGGAGUUGGGUGUGUUAGUGGUCAGAAGGUUGCUGUGGACGGAGAGAACUCGAAUGGACAUGAUGAGAGUGUUUUGAGAUGCGAGGAGGAAGAGGAUGAGGAUGAGGAGGAAGAUGUGGAUUUCAAUCCUUUUCUUAAAGGAGCUGUUUCGCCAGAGGCUUCUUCGAGUCUGAGCUCUGAAGUGGAAGGUAUAGACGGUGAAGUUGAUGAUGUCGGCGGAAACAAUGGCGUUGAUUCGUUGAAUGUAGGUUGUGAGGGGAAGACGACGUGUGCUGCUGAAGAUUCUGAGCAUGGGGAGGAAGAAAUGGUGAUGCAAACUGCUGCUGCUUCUUCUGAAGAUGUGUCGGAAAAUGAAUUAGGGAACUUUGAUUCUGGAAUUGAACAUGUGGAAGAAAAGGAUGAUGGCUCAAGUUUGGGACCUGAUGUUAAUCAUGUUGCUGAAGGUCAGUUGAGUAGCAAAGCAGACACCAGGACGUCCACAAUAGAUCUAGAUGAUGAGGGUGAAGAUGCGAUCUGUAAACGCACACGGGCCCGCUAUUCCUUAGCAAGUUUCACACUUGAUGAACUCGAAACUUUUCUUCAAGAAACAGAUGAUGACGAUGACCUCCAAAAUAUUGAUGAUGAAGAAGAGUACAGGAAAUUUCUCACUGCUGUUUUACAUGGUGGAGAAGGUGAUGACCAGUUGACUAAAGAAAAUGAAAAUGCUGCUGAUGAUGAAGAUGAGGAGAAUGAUGCUGACUUUGAGUUAGAACUAGAAGAGCUUCUUGAUAGUGAUGUGGAUGAAAAUACAAGGGAUAAAAGUACAGUGUAUGAGGGAGCUGGAAGGCGACCAAAGACUCGACAGAAUAGAAAGUCCUCUGCUAGAUCUAAGAAGAAUUUAGGACAGACAAAGAGGUCAUUGCGUCCCCUUUUACCAGUUUUGCCACAUGGACCAAUUUCCACUUUUUAUACUCAGGACACGAGAACUUCAAUACCUGGGAUUGCUUCAAGCUGUUUGUCUUCUACAAUGGAUUAUCGUUCUAAAAGUGGAUUCACUGCUCACCAGAUAGGCCAGUUGCACCAUUUGAUCUAUGAACAUGUGCAGCUGCUUAUUCAAGUAUUUUCUCUGUGUGUACUUGAUAACUCCAGGCAACAUAUUGCCUCCCAGGUUCAGAGAUUGAUCUGUGAGAUGCUCCACAAGCGUGAUGAAGUACUGGCAUGGAAAAAUGUACCAUAUCCUAAUAUUUGCUUUUUCCCAUCAGUGCCAACUGAAACACCUCAAUCCUAUCAGAUACAAAGCACUUUAGUGUCAUCCCACACAUCUGAUGCGCAUGCAGCGUCUUCUCCUUCCAAUAAGCAGAUGUUAGUUUCCCCAAAUGUCUCUCCUUUCUGGGUGCCUUCUAUAAAUGGCCCUGUGCUAUCUGUCCUGGAUGUAGCUCCACUUAAUUUGAUUGGGAGAUACAUGGAUGAUAUUGAUACUGCUGUCCAGGGGAAUCGACGGCGUUUCAAGGAAACUAUUUCUGACAUUUGCCUUGAAAAAGAGCCUUUGUUUCCCCUUCCUAAUUUCCCAUCAUGUGCUCAAGCCAACUGUGAAGUUGUAAGUGGGAUGGGUUCCUCAGCUGUCAAUGUGGUUCCAUCUUCACAUAGUCAACCACCAAAGAAGUCACUGGCUACAUCAAUUGUUGAAAGUACCAAGAAGCAAUCAGUUGCUUUAGUCCCAAGGGAAAUCGCAAACUUGGCCCAGAGAUUUUAUCCUUUGUUCAAUCCAGCAUUAUAUCCCCAUAAGCCACCCCCCGCAGCUGUCACAAAUCGGGUGCUUUUCACUGAUGCAGAAGAUGAAUUAUUAGCAUUGGGGUUAAUGGAAUAUAAUACUGAUUGGAAGGCAAUCCAACAACGUUUUCUUCCUUGCAAAUCUAAACACCAGAUUUUUGUCAGGCAGAAAAAUCGUUGCUCAUCAAGGGCACCAGAAAAUUCCAUAAAGGCAGUUCGGAGGAUGAAAACCUCACCUUUGACCGCAGAAGAGAUAUCCUGUAUUCAGGAGGGACUCAAGGCUUAUAAAUACGAUUUGAUGGCCGUAUGGAAAUUUGUUGUCCCACAUAGAGAUCCAUCCUUACUGCCUCGGCAGUGGCGCACCGCUCUUGGAACUCAGAAGUCAUAUAAGCUGGAUGAAGCAAAAAAGGAGAAGCGGCGGUUAUAUGAUUUAAAAAGAAGAGCAAAUAAAAAAGCAGAUAUGCCAAGUUGGCAAAGUUCAUCUGAGAAAGAGGACUGUCAGGCUGAAAAAUCUUGUGGAGAGAACAAUAGUGCAGAUGGUCCCAUGGAUAAUGCAGGUGAAACUUACGUUCAUGAGGCCUUUUUAGCAGAUUGGAGACCGGGUAUUUCCAGUGGAGAGAGAAACCUUCACAGUGGUAUUAAUGGGCAUAAAGAAGCUCCUCAUUCCCAGACUGGUAAUAUGCACCAACUUCUAUCUGCCUCGAAGUAUACCCAGAAUCCUUCAUCUCAUAUGACUGGCGUUGGACAAUUUGCAUCUAGUGCCACAAAAUCGAGUCAUCCUAUUUCGACCUCAAGCACCUCUGGAUCCCAGUUUUGUUAUCCAACAUAUCAAGCUCGUAGAACUACUGGUGCACACUUGGUUAAACUAGCACCAGACUUGCCCCCUGUGAAUCUUCCACCAUCCGUUCGUGUUGUCUCACAAUCUGCCUUUAAAGGAUAUGUACGUGGGGCAUCUUCCCAUGUUGCUGGUGCUGGAGGUGGUUUUGGUGCCACAAAAGAGAAUGCAGUUUCUCAACUUUCUCAAGUUGGAAGGCCUGGAACCUUCAACGCCAUAGCAGCUAGACAGAAUAAAAGUCAGUAUUCAAAAGAAAGUGUUACAAACUUGCGCCCAGAAGACUCUAAAAUUUUGAAGGAAAAGUGUGUAGAGAAAGGAGGAGAUACUGGUUCUGAUCUUCAGAUGCAUCCUUUGCUGUUCCAGCCCCCUGAAGAUGGACGUUUGCCGUAUUACCCAUUGAACUGCAGCACUAGCAAUUCUAGUUCUUACGGUUUUCUAUCAGAAAACCAGCCUCAGCUACAUCUAACUCUUUUACAUAAUCCUCACCAAGAAAAUCAGGUUGAUGAUGGUCUUGUCAGAUCAUUGAAGAAAUCCAAUGUAAUAUCACGUGGCAUUGAUUUCCAUCCACUUAUGCAAAGAACUGAGAAUGUAAAUAGCGUCACAGUAACAACAUGCUCAACUGCACCCCUUUCUGUUGGUUCUGGGGGCAAGUAUGAUCAAGUCCAACAUCCUUCUGAUUCCUUUCAGACUGAGGUUCCAGAGACUACUGGCACUAAACCUCGUCCUGAUGAGGGAGCUACUGAACUGGACUUGGAGAUUCACCUAAGUUCUACAUCCAGAAAGGAAAGGGCUUUGAAAAGUAGAGAUGUGAAUCAGCAUAAUUUGGUUGCACCUGGUACUGGACCUACAAUGAUAGCUCAAUGUGGUAAUACUCCAUUUUAUAACCAUGCUGAAAAUUCCUCUGCAAGUCGUAGCGAGUUUGUUUCUGGCGGUAAUACAUUGGUUAUACCAAGUAAUAACAUCAGUAGAUACGACCCAGAUGAAAUGGGUGACCAGUCUCAACCUGAUAUUGAGAUGGAACAGGAAGAGUUAAGCGACUCCGCUGAAGAAAGUGAAGAAAAUGUCGAGUUUGAGUGUGAGGAGAUGGCAGAUUCUGAAGGAGAGGAAGAUGGAUCAGCAUGUGAACAAAUUUCUGAGAUGCAGAACAAGGAUGUUGCAAGUUUCACGAAGAAAGGACCUGCAACAGCAGAGCACAAUGACAACAUUCACAUUCACAGGAUUCCUUCCUUAGAGUUGGGUUUAUCAAAUCAAGGAAUGGAUGAGGCUAGUAAUUCCUCAUGGUUAAGUCUGGAUACAUAUUCAGCAGAUCGUGAGGAGAGCAUGACUAGCGAGGGUCUUGCUGCGAAAGAUUUGGUGUCACCCCCUCCGAACAAAUCAUGUAAGAAAGUGAGACUGAGAACAAGAGCUAAUUCACAGAAACAAGUGGUGGACAUGGCGCAACAACUGAGCUUGGGUCCUCUAGCACUUCCCCCUGUGAGGAAACCCAGGAAACGGGUAUGCAGACCCAAUUUGAACAUAGGUUUGACUGUAGAAAACUCCAGCAGUGAUAACUAACUUUACAGUUUUCAUUUGUUUAUUGAUUCGUUGAUUAGUAUAGUAUAUAGAUGAGCCAUUACUUCUUGGAUUCCCACCAACUCACUUUAGCCAGUGGUGUACGAGCCCGAGAAACCAAAGACCUGAGGGUCUGUUUUUGUAGAUGUAUGAAUCAUGUACAUACAUUUCUGUAUAUAGCUACACCAUGGUUCACUCUGGGGUUUUGAUACCUCCGAAGCACUGUAGAACUUUUAGAAUUGAGCCUUGUUUUACCGAA